UAAGCAGUUUUACAAGUUGUUUCCGAUGGUUUUCUCGGUCGUGUGAUUGCAAUCAUAACAAGUCCGCAAUUGGACUGACGUGGAAGGAAAAAUACAACAGUGAACUUUAAUCAGGUCACCACCAAUAGCUUGCCAAGAUGUCUUAUAUGAUCAAUCGUGUGUACACACCAUCGUCUUUCUAUAUCCCCAAUGGAUUACAUCCUGGAAAACAAUUCAUCAUGCGAGGAAGAGUCACAUGGGGUACCGAAGCAUUUGCAAUCAAUUUACAACAAGACACCGACCCACAGGGAGGUGACAUCGCAUUCCAUUUCAACCCCCGACCAUCACAAGGAGAAGUAAUCAGGAACUCUUGUACUGGUGGUGAUUGGCAGGACGAAGAAAAAGAUCAGCCACAUUUUCCAUUUGAAGACGGCAGAUCAUUCAUUCUCCGUAUUGAAGUUACUGCUAGUGAAUUCAGAACAUAUGUUAACGGAAAACCAUACAUCAACUACUCUCACCGUGUUGAUUUGGGAAAUGUCCAUUUCUUACACCUGACGGACGGCGCUGAAUACUACGACAUCACUUUUGUUGAUAGAUAUGGCUUGCCAUAUAGAACAGAGAUUCCAGGAGGUAUGCAAGUCGGAAAAGCCGUUAGAAUACGGGGAGCAGGAAUGGACAAUGAACCAUUCAGCAUCAAUUUUGGAUGUGAUUGUGAGAAUGAGACAUGCGCUUUUCACUUCAACCCAAGACCAAACGAAGGUGUAGUUAUUCGGAAUGCAAACCUUGGUGGCUGGGGAGACGAGGAGAGAGAUUAUGAGGCAGAUUUCCCAUUCAGCCCAGGUCAAUACUUCGAUGCUCUGUUUGUGUGUACUGACGAUAAGUAUCAUGUGUACGUAAACGGAGAGCAUUUUACUGAUUUCAAUCAUCGAUGUGGAGUGCCUGAUGUGUCUCACUUUCAUGUACAGGGAAAUAUGGACAUCAAAGAUGUGGAAUAUUUUGAACCAUUGGAGGAUGAUUUUGUGAAACAGGUUCCAUCUGGAAUGGAGAAAGGAGAUGUAGUGGUGUUUAGAGGUUUCAUGAGACCAGGAGGCGAUGUAUUUUCAGUAAACUUUAUGAACGGAUACACAGCCGAUUCAGACAUUGCCUUACAUUUCAACCCUCGUAUCGGUGAGGGACAGGUUAUUAUGAACUGCUGUACUGGAGGAGAUUGGGGCGAAGAAGAAAAAGCAGACAUUCCAUCUGUUAUUGCCGAGGGAAAACCAUUUGAAAUCAAAAUUGUAACAAAGAGGAACAAAUUCAAGGUUUAUGUCAACGAAAACCAUUUUGCCGAUUUCAAUCAUCGACUUGAUUUUGCCGAUGCCACACAUUUGCACAUUCUAGGUGACGUAGAUAUUGCCGAGUUAGAGUUCCUAGAACCCGUUGAUGACGACUUUGUAAAGGAGAUUCCUUCAGGUCUUGAGAAAGGAGAUGUGUUGUUGUUCAGAGGGUUCAUGAGACCUGAGUCAGAACGGUUUGCCAUAAACCUUCAUUAUGGUCUUACUACCGAUUCCGAUGUUGCCCUACAUUUUAAUCCCCGGAUUGAACAAGGUCAAGUGGUAUUCAAUAGUAGAACUGAUGAUUCUUGGGCCGACGAAGAAAGAAUAGACAUCCCGCAAUGCAUAGCCGAGAGGAAACCGUUUGAAAUCAAGAUAGUCACCAAAAGCAGUAAGUUCAAGGUUUAUGUGAAUGGAACGAAAGUUAAAAAGUUUGAAUCAAGAGGAGAUAUUGAAAAUAUCAAAGGAAUCAACGUUAAUGCAGGAGCUUAUAUUUUCCAAGUCAAAUUGGAGAGAAAAUUGGAGAAACCAGUUUUAGAAAGGAUCCCUGGAGGUAUAAGACCUGGUUCCUGGAUUAUUAUUCAUGGAAUGCCAAAGAAGAACUGUGAUAGAUUCCAUAUUAACUUGAAAUGUGGAGAUGACCCUGAGAGCAAUGUAGCUUUUCACUUUAAUCCCCGUUUUGGAGAAGAACAUUGCACAGUGAGAAAUACAUACGUGGAAGGAAACUGGCAAGAAGAAGAGAGAGAAGAGGAUAGUUUCCCAUUUGAGAAAAAAGACACAUUCGAAGUUGCUAUAAAAGUUAUGGAGGAAAAGUUUAUGACAUAUGUAAAUGGAGACCAUUAUAUAGACUUUAAUCAUCGACUACCAUUGGAUAGCAUUUGUCAUCUUGAAAUGGAUGGAUUGGUAGAAUUCUAUGAAACGGAAUUCUUAUGAUUAGGUUCAACAUUGUUUAUGGUAAAAUUUCAUACGGAAUCAUUUUAAACACAAAUUGAAAAAAAUAGAAAAAAAACAAAGAAAUAAAAUUGUGGUUCCCUGCGAUCAACACGUUUGUCUGGAAUAAACUUCAUCUGUACCUGAAAAGUUUGAAAAGUUUGAAAAGCAGACAUAUAAAUAAAACAUUUACGAAACCAUAAAAACCAAAAGGGCAAAUAUAUAACAGCCAAAAUCGUUCAUGAUUAAUUGUGUCUUCGGGUGUUGUUAUGUCCUAACUGACUGGAAAUUUAAAGUUGACUAUUAAUUUGUCAUAACUUACUAAAUAAGGAAUAUUUAAUUCAUGUAUAAGGAUUUCACAAAUGAAAGGAAAAAUAAAGUAAGGUAAUGGUACUUUCAAUUUUGGUUUCCACAUAGAAAAUCGGGUAGUAGGGAUGGACAAUCAAAACCCAUAUUAAUACUUUUUUUUAUCAUACAGAACCAUGUGAAAGCGUGCGGUAGCAAAAUAAUUGCAUUUACGUCUCUUUCUAACCUUUUAUCUGUUUCAGAUGAUGGAAAAAAAAGUACCUUUUGUUGAUAGCUUUAAUGGUCUGAUACAAACUUUUUAUAAGUGACUUCAAUUUUUGACUUUGUGAUACAUUAUUUACGUUAUUAUUAUAUACUACAAUGUGUUGAAUACAUAUAGUUGUGUUGAA